GAUGGUUUUGUCUGAUUUAAAACACGUUUGAAAACAAAUCAGGUCUUCAGACUAAUGAAAAUAAAGGUUUAGAGUUAGUAAUCAGAUCAUGUAUUUAUUGUAGAAGUCUUAAAGGAAAUGUCCGGCUCUGCGUGGUGUGCAUGUGAAUUCCGCCCCUCUGAGAGGACCCUGAAGGCAGCAGUGGAGCAGAGGACGAGCAGGGGUCUCUGAGUGGAUGAUCCUCGUUAACAACAAACAAGAUGGCCCCUGAGGCCACGCCCACUCGCUGCAGAACACACUGCCACUGGCCAUGGUAGCGAAGAGGGCGGGGCUUCUUCAAAUUCAGAGAUGGAUGAGGACAUUCUGGACGAACUCCAUCUGGGGGCGGAGCUUGAGAUGACAGCAGAACUAACAGAACAUCCUGAGGGGGCGGAGCUCCAUCCAAACCGUAAACCAAUCAGGAAAGAUGCGGUGGUUACCUGGAAGCAGGAGGAGGAGGGCUGGAGGCGGAAGUUCCCUGACAUCAAGGAGUGCGUCAUCGUUGUCGUCCGUCUUUCGUCCAGUCAGCUGAAGACGAUGGAGGGCAGGAGGCGGAGCAAGAGGAUCAGGUCACGUGACCCGUGGCCAGAGGGGGACUGGAUGCAGCCGCUGGAGCUGAACGGCAUCGGCACUUCAACCAGUUUCGUGAAGAAGCUGGAGGUGAAGUUUCAGUCUGAGCUCGACUCUGCAGACUGGCCCUGGAAACCCCAGAGGAGUCUGAAGCUGACGCGCUGUCCUUCUGUUUCCCCUGGCUCCGCCCACCGCCAUCCACACAUCAACAACACAAACAACGAGGACUUCAACCACGAGCAGAAACCAGCUGACCACAACUACUGCCUCCACAUGGAAACACCAAGCUCACCUGAGUUCAGCAGCCAAUCACAAGACAGCAGCCUGACGUCCAGCUAUGGACUGAAAGAGGAGGAGCUUAGCUGUUUGUCUGCAG